AUGGAUUACCAAUGCAUCGUCGUGUAUACAGUUAUCAACAUCGCGCCGCCGAAGCUCGCAUCUACAGAGUUCUCAGAUGGGUGCAUUACAUGGUUCAAAAAUAAAAUUAAACGUGUGGUAGCAGUCUACUUGCAAACUCUAAAGUUGACACCCAACAAUGGCAUGAUACACGGAAAUCUAGCUUGCCUAUACUACAAACAAGGCCUAAUAGACUUAGCAAUAGACACCUACAAACAUGCCAUAGAACUACAGCCCAAUUUCCCAGACGCCUACUGCAAUUUAGCUAAUGCACUUAAAGAGAAAGGUCUUGUAUCAGAAGCCGAGGAGUGUUAUAAUAAAGCAUUACGAUUAUGUCCGUCGCAUGUUGAUACUCUAAACAAUCUCGGCAACGUAAAAAGGGAACAAGGAAAAAUCGAAGAGGCCACAACACUGUAUAUGAGAGCUUUAGAAGUGUUUCCUAAUUUCGCAGCGACUCACAGUAAUUUGGCGUCGCUUUUGCAACAUCAAGGGAAACUCCACGAAGCGUUGAUGCAUUACAGACAAGCUAUAAAUAUUCAGCCCAAGUUCGCCGAUGCUUACAGCAAUAUGGGAAAUACUUUUAGAGAAUUACAAGACAUAACUGGAGCACUUGUUUGCUUUAAAAAGGCCAUAGAAAUAAACCCAUCAUUUGCUGAUGCUCAUUGCAAUCUGGCCAGUAUAUACAAGGAUAUGGGAAAUAUUAGUGAAGCAAUAGAGUAUUAUAGGAAUGCAUUGCGAUAUAAACCAGAUUUUCCUGAUGCGUACUGUAAUCUGGUUCACUGUUUGCAAAUAAUAUGUAAUUGGCAAGAUUAUCAUAAACGAAUGUGUAAUAUUAUAGAGAUAGUAAACGACCAAUUGAGAAGUGAAAAGUUAACUUCAGUACAUCCACAUCAUUCUAUACUAUAUCCAUUAACGAAUAAAGUGAGAAAAGAAAUUGCCAUUCGUCAUGCUAAUUUGUAUACGGAGAAAGUUAAAAUGCUAAACAAUAUUGUUUUUAAGUACAAAUGUAAAUCAGUUGAUAGAAUACGCAUUGGGUACGUUAGUAGCGACUUUGGCAAUCAUCCUACAUCACAUUUGAUGCAGUCCAUUCCAGGUUUGCAUGAACGAUCGAAAGUAGAAGUUUAUUGUUAUGCUUUAAACCCAAACGAUGGAACCACAUUCCGUAGUAAGAUAGAAAAAGAAGCAGAACAUUUUGUUGAUUUAUCUAAAAUAACUUGCAAUUUUGAGGCGGCUAAAAGAAUCAAUAAUGAUGGUAUACAUAUUUUAGUUAAUUUGAAUGGAUACACAAAAGGUGCGAGAAACGAAAUUUUUGCUCUAAAACCAGCGCCUAUCCAAGUCAUGUGGCUAGGUUAUCCAGGUACAAGUGGCGCUGAUUAUAUGGAUUAUAUUAUAACUGAUGAAGUUUCAUCCCCUAUAUCCUCAGUCUCUGAUUUUAGUGAAAAAUUUGCAUAUAUGCCUCACACCUAUUUUAUUGGUGAUCACAAACAAAUGUUUCCACAUUUGAAAAAGCAGUAUAAUGUUAAACUGUGUAUAGACAAUGAAAUUGAAGUUAAUAACGCCGUAAUUAAUUCAUCUGAGAAUGUUGACAUUGAAAAUAUUUUUAGCGUAAAUACAUAUGAAGAAAUUGUACAAUACGAAAGCUUAAAAGUUAUAGAUCAAACAAAAAGGAUUAUAGACAUUCCAAACUAUGUUAUAGAAAUGACAACAAAUUCCAGAAGAGUUCAGGUAUUAGUUAGUGGAAUAGCAAUAGAUAAUGGUAUCUCAAUAAAUUAUACAAACAAGAAGGUAGCAUCAGGUGAAGAGGCGUUCAAUAAUAUUAUUUUUACAUCAAGGAAACAAUACGGUCUUCCAAACGAUGCCAUUGUUUAUUGUAAUUUUAAUCAAUUAUAUAAAACGGAUCCAUUUGUGAUGGAGGCGUGGGUCCGUAUUUUGAACCGAGUACCGAAUAGCGUUUUAUGGUUGUUGAGUUUUCCGGCUGCUGGAGAGCCGAAUAUACGAAAUUAUGCUCAAAAUUUAGGAUUAUCGCCCGAUAGAAUAGUGUUCUCUAGAAUUGCAUGUAAAGAAGAACAUGUACGUAGAGGCCAGUUAGCUGAUGUAUGUUUGGAUACACCUCUAUGUAAUGGUCAUACAACGGCUAUGGAUGUCCUAUGGGCUGGCACUCCAGUGGUUACACUACCAGGCGAAACCUUAGCAUCUAGAGUGGCUGCAUCUCAAUUAAAUACCCUUGGUUGCUCUGAGCUUAUUGCCACAUCUAGACAAAAUUAUGAAGAUAUUGCUAUUAAACUUGGCACGAAUGUGAAUUACCGAAGAUAUAUAAAAGCGAAGGUGUCAAAAUCUCGCCUUGAGAGUACUCUGUACGACUGUCAACAUUACACUCGGAGUUUGGAAAUAUUGUAUGAAAAGAUGUGGCACAGAUACAAAAAUGGAGAAAAACCAGAACACAUAAAAGUUUCUUGAAACCGUAACUAAAUUAAUAUGAAUACAGUUCCGCUAAGUACCUAAACAAAAUUUGUUUAGAAAGCUUAUUAACUCCCCCUUUAAAAAUGGAAGACUGAUAAGUCUAUCUGUGUACGACCUUGUAUCUCCUCAACUUAUUAUG